AGUUUGCUUAAAUUUCUUCUCCUCAGAAAAUAUUUAUCCUCUUUUUCAAUUCCUUUUUUUGAACUCCAAAACGUAGAAAUUGUGGGGGCGGAGAGGAACUUCAAAUUUCUGGAUAAGCGUUUUUGUCUUCGUCUCUGAUACAGGUUCUGUUGGACGGAAGGGGACUUCUGUUAUUUUCCCUUCCGGAUUUUGAAUUCUUUUUGGGGUCCCCAAGACGUUUCGCAUGAAAACGGCGGGUUCUCAUUUCCUCCCGCCUUUAUCGUCGUUAAAUCCUUCUAAGAGAUUUCCUAUCUUCUCCUCCUUUUUCCCUGCUUCCCUUGAUUUCGUUGAUGGUGGCGGUUUUGUUCGCUUGGGGUCUUGGUCUCCGACGCCAUUGAGCAGGUGAGGUCUCUUGGUUCGGCAAGGUUCUGGAAUUUGUUCUUCGUUUUGGUGGCGAUCAUUCUGCUGCAGAUUUGGUAUACGUUCGAGAACUACGGCUGGUUUUCCUUUGGCGGUGUUCCGAUUCUCCAGUAUUUCGAGCGUGUUUUUGCAGCUUAGAUGGUUUAUGGUUGGAAAUUCGGAUUCUGUGAUGGAAGAAAUUUUUGUGGGUGUUCGAGUUUUGGUUAAUUUAAGGGACGAAUUAGGGUUUUUUUUGCUGGUGCAUUUGAUGUUUUCGUAACCUUUGACGCUUCGACGCGAUGAGGCUAACUGUAUGAGGUGCGGAUUUGUAGAAUUUCUAAGAGGAACAUUUGUGGUUUAUCUCUGACGGCCAGAAAAUGUUGUCCACGGUGUCUCCCUCGGCUCACCGGAGCUCGCUAGAGGAAAUGCUGGAUUCCCUCAGGCGACGGGACGAACUACCGAAUGAUAUCCCACCGGCAUUGCCCGUCCGGCCGUCUUCUAAGGGAAGGCUGCCCUCUCUGGUUCGGGCCAGAAGGUCAUUACCUAUAAAUUGUAAGAUUUGUAGCCCGAAAGAACCGUCCGGCGGGAGUGAUUCAAGAUCGAAGAGUUCGUCUGGUGCAAAAAGGGAACCAUCCGGUGCCAACAAUGAACCGAAGACGAAGAAGAACUCAAGUGGUGCAAAAACGCACCCUGGACUGAAGAAACCAGAUCGGUUUGCCGAGUUGCACGUCCGUAUUGUCGACAAAGAUAAAAGACUGGUUGGUCUUGGCAGUAGGAAAGGGUCAAACGUCAACUUGGUUGAACUACCAGGGGUUGAAUCUCCUUAUGUUAAGCCUAUUGAGAGGCAGAGUGGUGGAGAGAGAUUGGACAUGAGCUGUCAGGAUUCAAAUUCGAAAGGAGAAUUGGCUUCACCAUCGCCUGCGAAUGAAUCUGACUGUAAUGAGGAUGCUGGUUAUGUUCUGAAGAAGAACUUGCGGGUUUGGUGCCAUCUCGCAGAUGGUCAGUGGGAGCUAGGAAAAAUACUGUCUACAACAGAUGAAGAUGUUGUAGUGUUGCUUUUAGAUGGCAGAAAAGCAAUUGUGAAAAAGGAAAACCUGUUGCCUGCAAAUCCAGAUAUCUUGGAGGGCAUAGACGAUCUUAUUCAGCUGAGUUAUCUGAAUGAGCCUUCAGUUCUUCACAAUCUUCACUACAGAUAUUUACGGGACUUGAUAUAUACAAAGGCUGGACCUGUCUUGGUUGCAGUCAAUCCCUUCAAAAAGGUACCUCUAUAUGGAAGUGAAACUAUUUCAGCUUAUCAUAAAAGGGUCACAGACAGCCCUCAUGUCUAUGCGAUAUCAGAGACUGCUUUUGAUGAGAUGAUGCGAGAUGAAGUGAAUCAGUCAAUCAUUAUAAGUGGUGAAAGCGGCGCUGGGAAAACAGAAACUGCAAAAAUUGCAAUGCAAGCCUUGGCUGCAUUUGGAGGUGGUAGUGGGAUAGAAUAUGAGGUGUUGGAGACGAAUCCCAUAUUAGAAGCCUUUGGUAAUGCCAAAACUUCAAGAAAUGAUAACUCAAGCAGAUUUGGAAAAUUGAUUGAAAUUCAUUUUAGUGGAACGGGAAAAAUUUGUGGUGCCAAAAUUCAGACUUUUCUGCUUGAAAAGUCUAGAGUAGUCCAGCGAGCAAAAGGAGAGAGGUCAUAUCACAUCUUUUAUCAACUUUGUGCUGGAGCUCCUCUUUCACUCAAAGAGAGGCUGAAUCUGAAAGCAGUGGGUGAAUAUAAUUAUUUGAACCAGAGUGACUGCUUGAAAAUUGAUGAUGUUGAUGAUGCUCAACGGUUUUGUAUGCUGCUGAAAGCAUUAAACACAGUCCAAAUAUCCAAAGAUGACCAAGAGAAUGCAUUUUCUAUGCUAGCUGCUGUACUCUGGCUUGGAAACAUAUCGUUUGUGGUGAUAGAUAAUGAAAAUCAUGUGGAGGUUGUUGAAGAUGAAGGCAUAUCAACUGCAGCAAAAUUGUUAGGUUGCAAGGUUCAGGAUCUCAUGUUGGCAUUGUCCACUCGUAAAAUACGGGCUGGCAGUGAUAAUAUAGUACAAAAACUAACAAUGGCACAGGCCACUGACACUAGGGAUGCAUUGGCAAAAUCCAUAUAUGCUAGCUUAUUUGAUUGGCUCGUGGAACAAAUCAAUAAGUCACUUGAAGUGGGGAAACGGUACACAGGGAGAUCAAUAAGUAUACUAGACAUCUAUGGGUUUGAGUCUUUUCAUAAAAACAGCUUUGAACAGUUUUGUAUAAAUUAUGCAAAUGAGAGGCUGCAGCAGCACUUUAAUCGUCAUCUAUUCAAGCUUGAGCAGGAGGAAUAUACUCAGGAUGGGAUCGAUUGGACAAAAGUUGAGUUUGAAGACAAUCAAGAAUGUCUUAGUCUCUUUGAGAAGAAACCACUGGGGUUAUUAUCUUUAUUGGAUGAGGAGUCAACCUUUCCUAAUGGAACUGAUUUGACUUUUGCUGAUAAGCUUAAGCAACAUUUACGUGACAACUCUUGCUUCAAAGAGGAAAGAGGCACAGCUUUCAGUAUCCUUCAUUAUGCUGGAAAGGUUUUGUAUGAUACAACUGCUUUCCUGGAGAAGAACAGGGAUUUGCUUCAUGCUGAUUCUAUCCAACUUCUUUCAUCUUGCGACUGCUACCUUCCACAGUUGUUUGCUUCUAACAUCAUUGCUAAUUCUGAGAGGUCAGCAAGUCCUUUUUGGCGGCAAAAUGGUGUUGAUACCCAGAAGCAGAGUGUGGGGACAAAGUUUAAGGGCCAACUUUUUACAUUAAUGCAACGUCUGGAGAAUACCACACCACACUUCAUUCGCUGUUUAAAGCCAAACAAUCUCCAGCGUCCAGGUUUAUAUGACAAGGAUCUUGUCUUGCAACAGCUAAGAUGUUGUGGAGUCCUGGAGAUUGUCAGGAUUUCAAGGUCUGGAUAUCCUACGAGAAUGACACACCAGUAUUUUGCGAGAAGGUAUGGCUUUCUUCUUUUGGACCGUGUUGAACCUCAGGACCCACUCAGUGUUUCAGUUGCAAUUCUUCAGCAGUUCAACAUUCUGCCUGAUAUGUAUCAGGUUGGGUAUACAAAGCUGUUUUUCCGGACAGGCCAGAUUGGUGCUUUGGAGGAUACAAGAAAUCGUGCUUUGCUAGGCAUUCUCAGUAUUCAGAAGUGCUUUCGAGGUUUCCAGGCUCGUUGCCAUAUCCAGGAACUGAAGAGGGCAAUAAUUUCUCUGCAGUCAUAUGUGCGGGGAGAAUUAGGAAGAAUAAAGUUUGGAUUUCUAAGGCAGAGACAGAAAGCAGUUCUCACUAUGCAGAAGCAGAUAAGGCUAGUUAUUUCUAGGAGGAUAUACAAGGACACUAUUACAGCCACGGUCCUUGUACAGUCUGUUCUUCGUGGUUGGCUUGCAAGACGGCAGUUUGCAGCCAUGCGUCAUUUAAGAGAGCCACAUUCACAGCCUGUAAAACCUGAGAAAAAAUUAGGGAAAAUGCUUCACAUAUCCAAGGACCUAGAUGUGGAAAAUGUGCAGCCGAAAUCUUCAGUCCUGUCAGAACUCCAAAGGCGGGUUCUGAAUGCUGAGACAGCUUUAAGAGAAAAGGAAAAUGAGAAUGCCAUAAUGAGGGAACGGGUUCAACAAUAUGAGCGACGGUGGAUAGAAUAUGAAGCAAGAAUGAGGUCCAUGGAAGAGGCAUGGCAGAAACAGAUGUCAUCAUUGCAGAUGAGUCUUGCUGCAGCUAAGAAAAGCCUUGCAGCCGAUGAUAUGAGCAGUCAAGCAGCAAGGUUGGACUCCCCACUAGCAACUAACUACUAUGAUUCUGAAGACGCAACUUCUGGUGGAUCCAGGACUCCAGAGACUAAUGCUUUACUAGAGAAGCUGCCCCUUCAACCAUCAGAUACAGGAUUAAGAGACAUUAAUACUGGUCGAAAUGCUGUCGGAGUCUUAGCAAGGGAAUUUGAACACCGGAAAAAGACAUUUGAAGAUGAUGUCAAUUUCCUUGGUGACUUGAAGUCCAACCAGUCUGAUUCUGGCAUGAAUCCAGAUGAUGAGUUGCGCAAACUUAAGAUGCGGUUUGCUACGUGGAAGAAGGAUUACAAAGCAAGGUUGCGUGAAACCAAGCUAAUGUUGCAGAAAAUGGGGAAUGCAGAUGGAGAAAAGCUGCGGAGGAAAUGGUGGGGAAAGAAGAGUGCAUGGGUUAUGUAAUUUAUGGUAAUAUUCCUCUCCUAGCAUCUGAGUAUUUAUCUGGUCAUCUGGGGAGGUGAAUACUGUCAUCCUACAUGUGCAAAGCAGUGGGAGUUCAUCAUGGCCAGCGUGAUGCUACUGGAAAAGGAUGAUUCGCCUUUUUUUGCUUGUCCAAGCAAUUGAAUUAUGCAGCUUCGGUGAAUGUGAGAGCUGCAACUGUAUAGUGGUAGGAGAAUGUGUAUACGCAGAGAGAGCGAGAAGAGAGAGAGAGAGAGAGAGAGAGAGAGAGAGAGGGAGGUCAAAAUGUAACAGGUAUUGAGAGAGGGAGAGAGAGGGAGAGAGAAGUCAAAAUGUAACAGGUAUUUUGUCACGUGGAAUAUUUAUAAAGAAUAAAUCACAAUACAAUUUUAGCAA